CUUCACGCGACACCAACGAGACACCAACGCUUUUGCAGUUAAGUCCGGUAGGUGAGACAGAGAGAGAGGGGGGAAACGUAUGGAGGGAGAGAUUUGGAGACGAUCGGAGAUGACGGAAGAGGCGGUGGCGGCGGGUGGAAGAAGAUAUGAUGAUUGUGGUGGUGCGGCGGCGGAGAGGUUCGUUGGAGAAGGGACGAGCGUAGGGAGGAGGACAAGAAAAAAGAGAAUCAAAGGGACGUGGUCUCGGGAGGAAGACGUGAUGCUGAGUGAGCUGGUUGAGAAGUUCGGACCGAGGAACUGGAGUUCGAUGGCUCGGAGUAUUCCUGGUCGGUCGGGGAAGUCUUGUCGUCUUCGGUGGUGUAAUCAGCUCGAUCCGUCUCUUAAACGCAACCCUUUCACUGAGGUAGAGGAUGAAGCUAUCAUCACAGCACAUGCCAUCCACGGAAACAAAUGGUCUGUCAUCGCUAAGCUCCUCCCAGGAAGAACAGAUAACGCUAUCAAGAACCACUGGAACGCCACUCUGAGACGCCGAUGCACGACGGACUUUGAAACCCUGAGAACAACAAACACACCGACUGGAAACUUAGUCCCGCAAGAUUCUAGAUUCGACAGAACGAUGAACACCACCACAACCAUCGCAUCAUCUGAAGAAACUUUAUCUUCAGGCGGUGGUGGUGGUGGUUUUGGUCAUGUAACCACUCCACUUGUGUCCUCAGACGGCAAAGAAGCCACAUCCAUGGAAAUAUCCGAAGAGCAAUGCGGAGACAAAGCAAACGAGGAAGACAUCUCUAGGCAAGAAUGUAAUAAUAAUGAUGAUCCUCCAACGCUUUUCCGCCCCGUAGCCAAACUCAGUUCUUUUAACCCUUACAAUCACAUGGGAGGAGGGUCUUCCUCUCCGCAUGCACUAAACCAAAACAAGUUCCAGUCAUGUAAACAAGACACAGCGAUGCUGAGAUUGCUUGAAGGAGCUUACAGCGAACGGUUCGUGCCUCAGAAAUGCGGAAGUGCGUGUUGCAGCAGCACUCCUCAGAAAAACUCAUUGUUGGGUCCAGAGUUUGUGGACUACUUAGACCCACCAACGUUCCCUAGUUAUGAGCUGGCUGCUAUAGCGACUGAUAUAAGCAGCCUCGCUUGGUUGAGAAGCGGUUUGGAGAGCAGCAGCGUGAGGGCUAUGGAGGAAGCAGCUGGUCGGUUAAGGCCUCAGGGCACAAGAGGACAUCGUGAUCAUUGUCUUGUAUCUGAACAAGGAAAGAGCAGAACCAAUGCCUUGUCGACAUAAAAAGAAAUGGCUGAAUAGAUAUUUUUCACAUUCAUCUUUUUUUUUGUCUUUGUGUUUUCAUCUCUUGAUCUCAGAGAGAUUAAGUUUUUACUUGUAAUCGAAGUUGUGAUGUAAUUUAGUAGAAAUAGUUUCUAUAGCUAUGAAAUUGAGUCUUUCAACUUCCAUGUGACUUGUAUUAUAGAGUCUGCGUUUAC